UUUACGAAUUUUACAUCAUAUAAUGAAAUAAGUGAUCGGUCCGUAUUUACGUGCGAUCGCGUAUAUUUUUUACCGACAACCGCACGUGGACACGUGAUUGCCAAUGUGCACCACCGUGGAUAUAGCGCUAUCGGACAGAGUGGAAACGAUACAGUUAAAGUGCGUCCGUGACUGCUUUCAGCCUUCUGAAUUUCAAACGUUAAAAACUAACCUAAUGUGACCUAACUUCAAUGUGCUCCAACGUGUUUUCGUUCACUUCGCAACGUGAUAAGCAAAGUGUGUUUGUGUUUUGUGUCCUCAGUCGAGAUACUGACACGGACCGUUUUUGUAUACAGAUCGGUCUUUCAUGAGUCAGAGCUACAAGUUUUGUUGCCAGAUUUUUUCGUGUUGCACAAAACAAAUCAAAUUAACAUAAAUUUGUCGAUAUUCGAGUAUUUACUAUGUUUGGAUAAUCGUUUCAAGAAACAACAUCGAGUUCAGAAAUGGAUGAAAUUGUAUUGAGUUACGAGAAUUAUGUUAUCAGAUCGUCGGACAUUGCUUUGUUGAAGACAGAGACCAGCUGGAUCAAUGAUGUUAUUAUAGGAUUUUAUUUUGAUUACUUGAAUGAAAAAUACAAGAACAGCACGACUCGAAUGUUGUUUAUCGGUCCAGAACUCACUCAGCUGUUAAAGAUGCAAGAUUCAAUGGUCCACGAGUUGCUUGAAUCUCUCGAGACAACGAACUACGACUAUGUGUUCUUUGCGGUGAAUAACUGCGAGACAAAUACGGCAGGUGGCUCGCAUUGGAGUUUGUUAAUAUUUUCUCGCAACGAAACCGGGUUUUUUCAUUAUGAUUCGAUGCGCUAUACCAACCGUUUAUCCGCGAGAAUGCUCAUGAAGAGGCUAAUAGAUUACUUUUUACCUAAUCAACCUAAUCAACAGAGUAUGUAUGUGGAAGUAAGCUCUCCGCAACAAAACAACAGCUAUGACUGCGGUUUGUAUGUUUUAUGUGUUGCGGACGUUGCAAUUGAAUAUAUUUUAGAAAACUCUAAUCUAAUAAAAUGUCUUUAUACUACAGUUCCGAAUUUAGUGUUAAAGAAACGUGAUAAUUUAUUAUCAUUGAUCUACUCUCUUCGAGACGAUAUACCUCUUACAACAUAACUCAAUGAAUUGUAC